UUAUAGAUGACAAAAAUUUACCAACAUAUGAAUAAGAAGGAGCUUGACCAAAUCACUGAAUAUGAAAUCUAGAGCAAAAGAUGCAAGGCUCUUUUAGAGAUUCUUGAACAUAUCAAAUAUGGUUGCUUGACUUGGGAAAGUUUCUAUUUAAGAAGGGUUCUUUCUUUCUUGUCAAAUGCUCUCAAGUUUAAAUAUUAUUCUUAUAUAAAGAGUUAUAUAUGAAGCUGUAAACAUUCUUUUAGGAUUUGUGGGAUUUGUGCCAAUCAUUUCAUCAAGCAAUGGCUCUUAGAUCCAGUGUUUUCCUGCUAGCUCUAUGCAUUCAGUUUCUUGUUUCAACGGCAGAAACAAAUCCUCAGGAAUUUGCUGCUCUAAAGUCUCUCAACGAUCAGUGGCAGAACACGCCACCCAAUUGGGUUGGUGAUGAUCCUUGUGGCAGUUCUUGGCAAGGAAUUAGUUGUAUCAAUUCUAGUGUGAUCUCCAUAGUAUUAUCAGGCAUAGGCUUGAAAGGGAACCUGCCAGCAGACAUUCAGAAUUUACCAGAACUAACGAAGUUGGAUCUAUCUCAAAACAAAGGUUUGACAGGAACUCUCACACCAGCAAUUGGGAAUUUGAAAAAGCUUGUGAACCUAGUGCUUACAAAUUGUGGCUUCAGCGGCCUGAUUCCAGACACAUUAGGAUCUCUGACACAGCUGGUUACUUUAAAUUUAAAUUCUAAUAGCUUCAGUGGACCUAUACCAGCUUCAAUUGGCAAUCUUACCAAACUUGUGUUGCUGGAUUUAACUGACAACCAGCUUGAUGGAACAAUUCCGGUCUCUAAUGACAGUUCACCUGGAUUGGAUGGACUAGUAAACGCAUUGCACUUUCAUUUUGGAAGAAAUCUGCUUACAGGACCAGUCCCGCUUUCACUUUUCAGCUCAAAAAUGAAACUGAUACAUGUGCUUUUCGGAAACAACAACUUCACUGGCAGUAUCCCCAGUUCAUUAGAACAAGCGCAAAGCUUGCAGGUCAUACGUAUGGACAACAAUUUAUUUACUGGGACAGUCGGUUUGAAUUUCACUAAGUUUCCAAAUAUCACAACUAUACAUUUGUCCAAUAAUCAAUUGACUGGCCCUAUGCCUAAUCUUACUGGCGUUAGCAGCCUGCGCUAUGUGGACAUGAGCAACAACAGUUUUGAAGUUUCAACAAUUCCACCAUGGUUUUCAAGCUUGCAAUCUUUGACAACUUUAAUAAUGGAGAACACACAACUUCAGGGAUCAAUACCAGUUGAACUCUUCAGUCUUCCUCUGUUGCAGUCGGUGGUACUAAAGAACAACCAGCUCAAUGGAACCUUAGAUAUCGGUUCAAGCUACGGAAGUGAGUUGCAACUCAUUGAUUUGCAGAGCAAUUUCAUAGAUUCUGUGGAAGCAAGCGGAUACAAUAAGACAUUAGAUCUUCUGAAUAAUCCAGUUUGUGAGAACUCAGAAGAAAAUAACUGCUCGCAAGUUUCAAGCUCUUCACCUUCCACACCAACAAACGCUUGUGAGACCUGUUCAUCGCCACCAAUCACCGGAACCUUAUACUUUAGAUCCUUUACCUUCUCAAACUGGGACAACGAAAGUUACUACAAUGAUGUCAGAGACAAGUUCAUGAGCUCUUUUAAAGCAUUAAAUCUUCCUGUACAGUCAAUGUCAGUGACCUUCCAGGUCGUGUCUGGGGAUGAAUACCUAGCACUUGAGGUGCUAGUCUAUCCAUCUGGAAAUGGUCUUCUCGACAGAACAAAUUUUUCCCUCAUCGUCUCUCAGCUAAACAACAUAAGUUUUGUCACUCUUGGAGCAAAUUUCGGACCCUUUGAAUAUGGCUACAACAGUGAUUAUUAUCGAACGAAAAAAUCAGCAAAUAUUGGAGUCAUUAUUGGAGCAACAGUAGGUGGAUUUAUACUUCUAGUACUACUAGUUAUUACUGGAAUGUAUGCUAUUCGUCAGAGGAAGAGAGCUAAAAGGGCGACUCAACUAAAUGAUCCAUUUGCAUCUUGGGAUCUGAAUGACACUACUAGCCGUCCUCAUAUCAAUGGUGUGAGAUGUUUCUCCUUUGAAGAGCUAAAGAAAUGUACCAACAAUUUUUCAAACACCAACAUUCUAGGAUCUGGGGGUUAUGGACAGGUCUACAAAGGAAGGCUUGAAACAGGGUUAAUAGUUGCAAUUAAAAGAGCUAAGCAGGGAUCGUUGCAGGGUUUAAAUGAGUUUAAAAGUGAGAUCGAACUCCUAUCAAGGCUUCAUCAUAGAAAUGUUUUAAGUCUUGUGGGUUUCUGCUAUGAGCAAGGAGAACAGAUGCUGGUCUAUGAAUUCAUUCAGAAUGGUACUUUAAAAGAUAGUCUCUCAGGAAAAUCAGGAAUCCAGUUAAGUUGGAUAUGGAGACUGAGAAUAGCCCUUGAUGCAGCAAGAGGUUUGGCAUAUUUGCAUGAGCUUGCAAAUCCAACAAUCAUACACAGGGACAUCAAAUCAAAUAACAUUCUACUUGAUGAUCACUUAAUUGCAAAAGUUGCUGAUUUUGGUCUAUCGAAGACUUUGGAUGGCAGUGAAAAAAACCAAAUUAUUACGGACGUCAAAGGAACCCCAGGCUACUUGGAUCCCGAAUAUUUCAAGACACUGCAGUUAACGAAAAAGAGCGAUGUUUAUAGCUUAGGAGUGGUAAUGGCAGAGUUAAUAACUGGGCGAAGUCCAAUUGAAAGAGGGAGUUACAUUGUGAGUGAGUUGAAGAUGGCAAUGGAUAGGACAAAGAAUUUAUAUAACCUCCAUGAAAUGCUUGAUCCUGCCAUCAGUGAGGACACAACAUUAAUCGGUUUUGAGAAUUUUGUUGAUCUGGCUAUGAUGUGUGUUGAAGAAUUUGGAGACAAAAGGCCCACAAUGAGUGAGGUAGUCAGAGUGAUUGAACGCAUCCUACAGCUAGCUGACUCUGAUGAUCUCCAAUCUGAACCAUCAGUCUUUUCUAUUAGUUUCAAAUAACCUGGAUAAUUUGAACAUUAAGAUUCUUUUUUAUUGAAAGUAGAUAAUCAGUACUAGCUCUUUAUUUUUUCUGUCA